AUGGCUGCCCGCUUGCUCUUUGGUGUUAACCUUGGCAGACGACACAAGAAAACAAGAGUUUACAGACAUUUUAAUCACGAUUUCAAUGACAGUGAAUACAAAGAAAGGUAUAGGUUUAGUAAAGAGUCAGUUAAUUUCAUCACUGAUCUACUAGAACCCGAGUUGUGCCGUCCAACAUUGCGCUCAUAUUCCUUGUCAGCUCUCAGUCAGGUCGCGAUGGCUCUACGAUAUUACGCUACAGGUGAUAACAUGAAAACUAUAGGCGAUACACUGGGUUUCCACAAGUCAAGUGUUUCUCGAAGUAUCCACGAUGUAUCCCAAGCCCUAACCGAUUUGGCCUCACGUUUUAUAAAGUGGCCAUCCACAGAAGGAGAGAAGUCCAACAUCAAGAAGGGCUUUUAUGCCAUUGCCAGAUUUCCUGGUGUGAUUGGUGCUAUCAAUGGUACCCACGUCCGCAUCAUGGGCCCCAGCCGAUUUAUCAACAUUGUUGCCAAGUGGCCGGGGUCCAACCAUGAUUCUUUUAUUUUUCGAGAAUCAAAUAUUGGAACAUAUUUCGAAGCGCAUCAUAAAGGGAUUGAUGUGGAUGGACUACUGAUUGGUGACAGUGGAUAUGCAUGCAGCAAAUAUCUGGUGACUCCCUUUCUACGACCCACGACUGAGUCUCAGAUGAAAUACAAUGAUGCACAUACACACACAAGGGCAGUGAUUGAGCGAAGUUUCGGGUGGCUGAAGCGACGAUUUAUGGUCCUUCAUGGAGAAAUUAGGUGUAAACCGGAUCGUGCUGCAAAAAUAAUUGUAGCUUGUGCCGUGCUGCACAACAUUGCUUUAGAGAGGAAAGAUUGUAUGGAUGAUUUGGAGUGUGGAUAUUCAGAUGAGCCACAUGUUUCAGAUAAUAUUGUAGUGGAACCAAGAAACAACAAUGUCAGACAGUUCAUUGUUCAAAAUUAUUUUUAAUUAUAGUCAGUAUAAUUGCUACUUUUAACUCCACCCCCAAGUGAGGUAUCCCAUGGGCAUCAUUGCUCACCUGAUUCACCUUCAACCUGUCAUUGUUUACCUCUUGUGAUUUUCAAAAAACUUUUUUUCAUCAAUAUUUAUUCCCAUAACAUUUUUACCCCCAUAUUGUGCCCUUAACCUAGCCCCAAAGGAUCACAACAAAACUGAAAAUGAAUUCACAUAACAAAGAGAUCCAGCAACACCAAUAUGACU